AUGUGUCAGAGGUGGAUCGAACAGGAGUGGGAGAAUAAAUGCAAUGACCCAGCUGAAUGGAAAGAGGGCGAUGUCCCUGGAUUCAACCCAGGCAUCGUGUCAAGCCAGAAACACCUAGCCUCCCUCCGUGACUGGAAAAUUAUGAAUCCCCUUGACUGCACCUCAAUUGAAGCACAAGAGACUGUGGGCAUCAGCUGGUGCAACUGGAACCCCAAGAACGUCCGGCUGUCGGAUGCAGGUGUCAUCUAUGCCCUUUUGACCUUGCCUACAGAUUAUCGCAUCCGGUACCUGACCUACGACUUUGAUCAGCGAGGGGAUGUACGUAAAGAACGAGUCCCCAAAGCACCCACUGUGGGCUUUUACCAAAAUAAUCAGCGGACACUUGCCACAUGGAAAGGUGUCUACGUUUUCACAGGGGGGUACAAUGAUGCCGGAUGGUUGCUGGCCGACAAUUACCCGGAUGGACCACCAUUUUUCCAAGCUGGUUUGGUGGUCCUAUCGUCUCAUGUGAAAAUUUUCAAUGCCCUCAAUGUCCAGUUGACCGAGUACCAACCAAAAAAGUUAAUCGUCCACGAUCCUAAUUCGAUGGAGAAUCCAUGGAAACAUGCCUAUCAGCGGCAACCCAAUGAUUUCAUUAACUUCAUUGGGAUCAAGUGGGAGCAUGUGCCAAUUCGGAAAAACACGACUGAAGCAAUCACUACCUGGCGCAAGCGCAGAAGGUCAAACAGCUGUAAUGAAACUCAAGAUCCCCUCUUGUUCUCAUCACACUCAUCAUCAGCUGGGAGUGAAACUGUAAAUGAGCGAAGACCGGACCGAGAACUUGGCGAUCUCACUAUGGUUUCUUUCAAGCGUCUUUGGGCUGGGCUAGCGGCCAUUGAAUCGUCUCCCAGGUACUGGGAGCUAUUUACCGCAGUUGGUACAAUGGAGACCAUGCAUCAAAGGUGGCGUCACUACCGUCUGGCUGUGGAAGUGGUCAAACGCAAUAUCUCACCAUCUGAGGGCACUGUUAUCCGAGAUCUUAUGCAAACCCUGAGUCCAAGGCUUGCAUCUUUGCUUCUAGGUAUUGAGGUAGAGGAAGAUCGCAUUGCACUUGAAAAUGAUUUCAGCUACAAUUCGGCCAUGACCUUGUUUCAACAGCAGGCUGAUGUACUUGAGGAGGGCCCCGUUAAACAGGCCUAUGCGGACUUUUACUCCUACUUUCAAGCAGCUGCCUGCCGCCGCCCUAACAUCGUAUAG